ACUACCACAAAUGAAAGAAAAGAAAUAUUUAUUGAAAGAAAACAGAGCACUGUUCAGAUCAUGGUUUUCCUUGCUUCCUCAAAGAGCCUUGGCUGAAUUUAUCUCUGACUUUCCUGCUGAACCAUUGGACUAUCUUCUAGGAAUUUUUCAUAGACUGGAGAAUAUGGAAGCCACUUAUCAUACCUGUGAGGAGGUAGAAAAAUUCCUGAUGAAGGUUUUGGAAGCCCUCUAUAACAAACAAAAUGAAAUGUUACAGCAGGACACUUGGAACUCAUAUGUGACUGUCUGCCAAAGACUUCAUGAGAAAAUACGUAGAAAAUUCCCGAAGCUUCAAUAUUACAAGAUACCAGCUAUUUCUGUCUGCAUUAUUUCAAGGAUUCUUGAAUUUGCACCUUCAGAGGCUUCAAGAGACAAGGCUAUGCAGAAUACUCCAAAGACAGUAUAUCAAGAGCUUCGUAAUACUACCAGGGCCUGGUUUCGUGGUGUUCUACCAGCACGUAUGCUGAAACCUGGUUCAGAUUUAAAUGUAGAGCUUACUUUUUCAAUGGAGCUUGAGGCAUGGAAUGGAUUUUUGAAAAUUAAUUUUCGUGAUGCAAACCUCACAGAGGACUGGAAGGCAACUUUAAUUAAAGACAUGCAAAGCAGAAUCAAGCAGGUACCUCCACUUCAGCAGAUUAAAGCCUACUGCUGCUUCCUUUCAGAUUUUGAAAAAUAUGAGCCUCUGAUUGGCAAAUGUUUUGAAAGUUGUGCCAUAGAAUCUGUUAACUUAGAAUACAAGAGUGAUCUCCUUGGUCUGAUGGCCCCUUACACCUUGAGCAAGCUGGGCAAGCUUGUAUCUGCUGUCAUCACAAAAUCAUGGCCAAUUGAUAAAGAAGGAAAACCUCUGAGUGACCUGGAAGGUGUUUUGCGUCAUCUCCUUGUUUGGCCAGACAUCGAGCAUCUUUUUCCCAACGAAUAUCUGACCAAUCUCACAGGAGGAAGUGGGGACUUCCUGAGCCAACUUACUGAUGAUGCCAAGGCAUUAAUGAAGAUCACUGAGUCCGUACAUAAAAAAAUUUAUGGCAAUCUCAUGACAGGCCGGAUCUUAAUUAGACAUUUGGAAUUAAUUAUAAAGUGCAAGGAACGAUUUGUGUUCAUUUGGGAAUUAAUUUCAGUGAAUAAAUCUCUCUCAUCCAUGGAGAAACCAAAGCAAAUACUGAAACUAGAAGUAGUACUUAAGUUGAGGCUGCAAGAACUAACAUCAGUCAAAGAGGAGCAAAAACAGUUGGGAUUCUUUUUGAGCAUGUUUCGGAAGGUGGAAGACAUUGUAAAAGUGGAUAUUGCUGAAAUGGAACAGAAGCACAGUGAAAACCUGGCCCCAAAAGCAUUGCAUGAUGUUGUGAAUGUGAGGCAUUCAGUUUCGCAGAGUGAUAAUGAAAUAGAGACACAUUACCACCUGAGUCCAGACCAAAAGAAGAUGACUGAAACUGUGAAUAAAUUUAAAGAAAGCAACAUAUUCCAGUACUGCUGGGAGUGGGCAGCCAAAAAGCUGGCAAGCAGUACUGAGGAUUUGAGCAAAGAGGAGAGCAUUGCCAUUUUGAAUCCUGAAUCUUUAUUUGAAUCUUGUUACAAUGAAUUCUCCAGACUUUAUGAAUGCCUGAAAUCUGAAGAGCUCACAUUCGCUGAAGUGGACCUUCUCUUCAAGAAUUUUACGAACCAUUAUGAUGGACUGAAAAAGGAUUUUCAGAUUAUAUGCCUUCUUCAGCCUCAAGACAAUGGGAAAUGGGUAGAGCAACGAGUUAAGCAGAUCCAGCAGUAUCAUAAAUUACAUUUGGCUUUGGGCUGUGUUAAAGUUAUUGACAAGGUCAGGGAAGGUUUAAACCUCUCUGGUGACUUCAACGACCUGCAACUAUUACUGAAAUUUGAAGAUGAACUCCAGUCUUUUGAGAGAGAAAAGCUGUCCUCCAUAAGCACUUCAUUGAUACAUGCUAUGAAAGUGCUGCAAGACAUCACUGAACCACGUCGUAGGUGCCUUGAAGAGCUUGCAUGGAGGAGGGAGUUUGUCAGCUGGGUCAAACAGGUUCUACAAGAUAUAAAUGAGCUAAAGGUAUUUGUGGACCUGGCCUCGAUCUCUGCAGGAGAAAAUGACAUGGAUGUGGAUCGUGUGGCCUGUUUCCAUGAUGCUGUGCUUGGCUACUCUUCUCUGCUGUAUGAACUGAAACAGGAGUCAGGAUUUAAGGAAUUUCUGGUGUGUUUGGAAAAACUGUGGAAAGCCCUGGAAAGUGAUCCUAAACUCCCUGAAAAACUGUGUGAUUCUGCAAGAUACCUGAAGUGGUUGAAAGACAUAAAAGAGACUCAUGGCUCUGUGGAGCAGUCAUCUUUAUCACUGGCAACAACAAUCAAUAGCAACGGAAUCUACCAAAUUAGGGCACCAGAGGAAGGCCAGAAGGUUUCUCUGGACACCGUCCUGUGCCUGACCAUCUCAGAAAGCCACGGUGGCCAAGAAGAGAUACGGCAAUACUCCCUGGAAGAGCUCCAAGAACUGAUGAAUAAGCUGAUGCUGAUGUCAGGAAAGAUAGAACAAAGUACAGAAGUGGAUAAGUUUUCUGAGGUAUUUUCCAGUGUCCGGAGGCUUGCACUGUGUUUCAUCGACCUUUAUUCUGCUGGAAACAUGCUUUUCCGCUCUUGGGUCGCUGGUGUAUAUUGUUCACCCAACCAUGAAUUCUGCCUUAGCAUGGACUUCAAUUUAAAUUCUAAUUCUGUCCUUAUUGGAAAUGGAGACAUCACAGAAGUUCUGCCAGUCAUUUGCCGAAAGAUGGAGAGUUUCCUGGAAAAGUGGAACCAGUUUAUGUCGGAGAAGCGAUCCCAGUACUAUUAUUUGAAUUACUAUAUGGCAGAACAGCUUGUAUACUUGUGCAAGGAGCUUGGCUCAGAGUGCCCCAGCGAGGCUGCCUUAACGAUGCUGUCAUUUAUAAAGUGCAACUGCAGCAAGCAAGAUAUCCAGGUCAUCUCCAACCAAGUAGUAUCUAAAAAAGCAAAGAGGAAUUUUGCCGAUUUAUUUGGGCUGGUGGCAAGAGGGGAACAGUUGGCUGUACAACUGGAAUACAUCUGGGAGUCCUACCUGGGAAGUAUGGGCUCAUUCCUUUACAACUGCCUGGACAUUGAAACCCUUGGCAUUUACUUGGCCACCCUGGCAGAUCUGGAGAAGAGGAGUGUUAUGCGAAAAUUGCCACAAGUUCUUCAUGCUGGCAGGCCUAACCUCAUUCUCUGUCCUCGCUCUGAGGUGUUGGCUUCAGCAUUGGCCAUCUACAUGAACAGUCCAGGGGAGAUGCUACCCUCUUACGAUGAAGUCCUGCUCUGCUCACCACAAACCAGCUAUGAGCAAGUGGCACUGUUUUUGAGGCGGUGCCUCACUCCAGGCUGUAAGGGGAAGAAGAUUUACACCUUGCUUUUUGCAGAUGAGUUGAGCUAUGAUGUUGGCUACAGGUCUGAGGAACUUUUCCAGAGUCUUCACUUUAAGCAUCAGGAUGAUUAUAGGCUAGUGAUUCUCUGCAACUGUGAGAGAGAGCACUGCUAUGUCCCUUCUGUCUUCAGCAAGUUCAAAGUUCACAUGAUCCCUCAGCAGCCCCUGAAGGACAUUCAGGGCUACCUUGGGAAUCAUUACAAAGCAACACAGCCUCCAAGUUCAUCGGCUUCUGUCUUCAAGGACCAAAUGUGUGUUGGGAUUGUAGUUUCUGAAAGAGCUGGAGCAGGAAAAUCUCUCUAUGUAAAGAGGCUGCAAGAGAAAAUGGAAGCAAAACUACAUCGCUCUAAAGUGCCAUUAAAAACUAUUAGGUUGAUAGACCCCCAUGUGGAUGAAGGGAAAGUGCUGAAGUCUCUUCUCCCAUUCCUGGACCAUCAGUACCAGAAACAGCCUAUGAUAUUUCAUUUCGAUAUCACUUCUUCAGUUCAUUAUGGAAUUCCAGAAUUUCUGUUCAAGCUCUUAGUUUUACAGUACCUGGCAGAUAUACAUGGGAAACUCUGGCUGCGGAAACAGUGUCAUUUGUAUGUUGUAGAAAUUCUUCAAACAUCUUCGUCACCAAAAAAACAAACUAGAUCUUAUUUUCCAGGAUUGAAGUACAACUUCAUUGAUGUGUUCCCCAAAGUAACCUGCAGAUCUCCCAAGGAAGUCCUAGAAAUGGACAUGCAGAGGAAUCUGCCCUAUGAUUGCUCAGACCCAGGUAUAGAUCAGGAAGUGUUCCGUAGCGAAGCCUUUCAGAGACCCUACCAGUACUUGAGAAGAUCUAGCAGAGGAGAUUGUCUUGACACUUUCCAGUAUGAAGAAGGCUCUGUUGAAGGGACACCAGCAGAGUGCCUGCAGAUGCUCCUGAUCCAUUGUGGAGUGAUAGAUCCUUCCUGGUCAGAACUGAGAAACUUUGCUUGGUUUUUGAACCUUCAACUGAGAAAUUGUGAAACUUCGGUGUUCUGUAAUGCUGCUUUUGUCCACGAUGCUUUACACGGCUUCAAAAAUUUCGUGGUCACAUUUAUGAUUUUAAUGGCAAAGGAUUUUGCUACACCAUCACUAAACAUUUCUGAUGAAAGCCCUGGGAAUCAGUUUUUUGACAUGGAAGGAGUCACAGAAGAUCUUGCUCCUUUUCGUAUUCGGAAGAAGUGGGAGUCAGAACCCCACCCAUAUAUAUUUUUCAAUGAGGAUUCUGAAUCUAUGACAUUCAUUGGCUUUCAUCUCAAACCUGGUGCUAAUGGUGGUAUUGAUGCCAUCAAUCCCUUGAAUGGGAGUGUCAUCAAGAGAAAUGUAAUGACAGCUCAGCUGUACCAGGAAUUGUGCCUUCAGAGAGUUCCUUUCAACAUUAAUUUUGAUGCACUGCCCAGACAUGACAAAAUUGAGAAACUUUGCAUGGUUUUAGGAAUACAGUGGCCAAUUGAUCCUGAUGAUACGUAUGAGCUCACAACAGAUAAUAUGCUAAAGAUCCUUGCCAUUGAAAUGCGAUUCAGGUGUGGUAUCCCUGUUGUCCUCAUGGGAGAAACUGGCUGUGGAAAAACCAGGCUAAUAAAAUUCCUGUGUGAACUACGUAGGAGUGGUUCCAGUGCCGAUAACAUGAAGCUUGUCAAGGUCCAUGGAGGCACCACAGCAGAUGUAAUUUAUGCCAAAGUCAGGGAAGCAGAAGACAUUGCUAUUGACAAUAAACAACAAUACCAGUGUGACACCAUCCUGUUUUUUGAUGAAGCCAACACCACUGAAGCUGUCAGCAGCAUCAAAGAAGUCUUGUGUGAUUGCACAGUUGAAGGACAGCCUUUGGUCCACAACUCAGGUUUGCAAAUCAUAGCUGCAUGCAAUCCUUAUCGCAAGCAUACAGGGGAAAUGAUUCAGCGCUUGGAAUCGGCUGGCUUAGGCUACCGUGUCAAAGCAGAGGAGACCAAGGAAAAGCUUGGCUCCAUUCCUCUUAGGCAGCUGGUAUACCGUGUCCAUGCACUCCCUCCUAGCAUGAUCCCUCUAGUGUGGGAUUUUGGACAGUUGAACAACGUUACUGAAAAACUCUAUAUACAGCAGAUUGUGCAAAGGCUUACUAGGUCAAUACCAAUGUCUGAUGCUGAGCUCCAGUUAAUAACAGAUGUGCUUUUUGCAUCUCAGACGUAUAUGAGGCGAAGGAAUGAUGAAUGCAGCUUUAUCAGCCUCAGAGAUGUGGAGCGCUGCGUGGAAGUCUUCAAGUGGUUCCACAGCCACAGUGAACUACUAAUGAAUCAUCUGGAGAAGCAAGUUGCAGAGAGGAAGGCAGCUAAAGGUUUUGUCCAGCGAGACCCAGUCAUUUGGUCCUUGGUUCUUUCAGUGGGUGUUUGCUACCAUGCUUCCCUGGAAAGGAAAAGGGAGUACCGAAGAGUCAUCAGCACCAUCCUUCCAAAGCCAUAUGAUGAUGAAAAGGGAAUCCUUGAAGAAAUUGGCUUAGUUCAGGAUCUCUUCUUGAGUGACCUGCCUCUGAGGGAAACGAUCGCCAAGAACUUGGCCCUGAAGGAAAAUGUUUUUAUGAUGGUUAUCUGCAUUGAACUUAAAAUCCCCUUGUUUCUCAUCGGCAAGCCUGGCAGUUCCAAAUCUCUUGCCAAAACGAUUGUGGCUGAUGCCAUGCAAGGCCAAGCAGCAUAUACAGAGCUUUAUAAAGAACUGAAGCAAAUCCAUUUGGUGUCCUUUCAGUGCAGCCCACACUCUACCCCUGAGGGAAUCAUCAACACUUUCAAGCAUUGUGCUCGCUUCCAAGAAGGAAAGAACCUAAAGGAGUAUGUCUCUGUGGUGGUGUUAGAUGAAAUUGGCUUGGCUGAAGACUCCCCCAAAAUGCCUCUGAAGACCCUUCACCCGCUCUUGGAAGAUGGCUGUGUUGAUGACGAUCCACUCCCUCAUAAAAAAGUUGGCUUCAUUGGGAUAUCUAACUGGGCUCUGGAUCCAGCUAAGAUGAAUCGAGGCAUCUUUGUAUCCCGUGGAGAACCAAACAAGAAGGAACUCAUAGGAAGCGCGAAGGGUAUCUGCUCUUCAGAACGUGCUGUCCUGCACAAAGUUGACCGUUUCUUUCCCAUCUUUGCAAGUGCUUAUGAGGAAAUUUGCAAGACCCAAGGCAAGGAGUUCUUUGGGUUGCGUGAUUAUUACAGUCUGAUAAAAAUGCUGUUUGCUUUAACCAAAAAACUGAAAAGAGAGCCAGCUUCCCGUGAACUAGCAGAGAUAGUUCUCCGUAAUUUCAGUGGUAAAGAAGGUGUUGAGGCCUUGAACAUUUUUAUGUCUAGGCUCUCAGAAAAGGGAGAUGUCAUCCCUGGGGACAUUGGUACAAUUGAUCUAGUUCAGCAGAACAUUUACAGUGACUAUGAGGAUGGUGAAUGCCGUUACCUGCUGGUGUUGACGGAAAAUUAUGCAGCCCUCCAGAUCCUGCAGCAGGCUUUUUUCAAAGAUACACAGCAGCCAGAAAUUAUUUUUGGUUCCAGUUUUCCCAAAGAUCAGGAAUACACCCAGAUCUGCAGAAACAUCAACCGAGUGAAGAUCUGUAUGGAGACAGGACAGAUGGUCAUUCUUCUCAACCUGCAGAAUCUGUAUGAAAGCCUCUACGAUGCCCUCAACCAGUAUUAUGUUCAACUUGCUGGUCAAAAGUAUGUUGACUUGGGCUUGGGGACCCAUCGAGUGAAAUGCAGAGUGCACCCUGAGUUCCGUUUGAUUGUCAUUGAGGAGAAAGAGGUUGUCUACAAACAUUUCCCCAUCCCGUUGAUCAACAGGCUUGAAAAGCACUACCUAGACAUCAAUACUGUGUUGGUCAAGAGGCAAAGAGACACUGUGGAAGAAUUGAAGAAAUGGGUGGACAGCUUCACAGCAGUUGAAACUGAAAAAUACUUAAUGGGCCAGCAGAAAUAUACCCCUUCUGAUGUCUUUGUUGGCUACCAUCCUGAUACCUGUGCCUCAGUUGUCCUGCAGGUGACAGAGAAGCUGAAAAGGGAUACUUCCACUCAAGAUCUGAUGCGAAAAGUACAAGAAGAAGCCAAAUUGGUCCUGUUGAACUGUGCAACGCCCGAUUCUGUAGUCCGCCUUGGUGAUUCACGGCUGGGUUCCUUUCUGGCAGAUGACUUGGGCAGGAUAUACUUUCAGCAGCAACAUCACACUUCUCUUGCAGAGUUCCUUCGUGCUUGCCUUGGGACAAAGUCUAGGGGUCGCACAAUCUUUACUGAGAUUUCUACUUUCUCCAGGCUCCUGACAGCAGCAGAUACAGAGACUUUGAAAGCAGAAGUACAAGGCGAGUUGGGCAGCCUCAAAGUUCUGUUCUUGCAACAGUUUGACACAGAAUACUCAUUUUUGAAAGAGAUUCGCAAUUUUCUAGAUGCUACAUCUGGAAGUAAAAUCCUGAUUAUUCAGACACACUUUGAAAAUGGAUCUCUCAGUGCCCAGCUCAUUGCUUCAGCCAGAUACUCAGUUGUUAACGAAAUCAACAAAACAGAUCAGGGUGAAACCUCCGUGUUUGUGUUCUUCAUCACUAAACUGUCACGAGCUGAAGGAGGAAGUUCCUAUGUAGGAUUUCAAGGAGGGUUGUGGCAGUCUGUGCAUAUUGAUGACCUGAGGAAAUCCAAGGAUAUUACCUCUGAUAUAACUGCCCUGAGAAAUGUCACCAUCAGCCAGCUCUUUUCUGCAGAGCCUCCUGAAAUAAACAAAAAAACUAAAGCUGUUCCUGGAAACACCCAAGGCUUGGACACCACCAUUCUUCUACGGAGCUGUGUGCAAAGAGCUGUGUGCAUGCUAAGGGAUCAGAACGAGGACGCCAGCCGCAGUACCAAGAGAAUUGAAAUCCUCCUUAGCCUUCUGUCUCAGGAAGAUGACUUUAAAGCCUCCUUCCUGAAGAAUACAAAGACUCGCCUGUUAAGUCUUUUGGGGAAGCAAGAAGAACAUGGUUACACCCUGAAAGAGUGGGUACGCCGAGAGGCAUUAAACCUUGAUGCCCUCCAAGAAGUAGGAACUUUCAGAGACACCCUGUGGAGGCGGGUCCAGACUGUGGUGACUCCAUUUAUGGCCUAUAUGUUGUCUGUCCUAGACAUAGACUGCAACCUGGACCUAUUGGUCAGUCCAACAACAGAAAAGUGUGUGAAAGCUCUGUGGAUAUUCAUUUUCAAGGAACUGCUGGACAUCCCUUACAACUCCCCAACUGAGACUAUUCUGGUGCCGAGCUACUUUAAGAAAUCAACAGGUGCUGGCAAUGAAAUGCCCUUCAGCUGGAAGAUAAAAGAUUAUUUGGAAGAUCUUUGGGUUCAAGCUCAAUACAUCCCUGGUAAUGAAGACAGAUUUGUAAGCAUCUUUCGGAAGGAAUCCCUGGGGCAAUAUAUAGCUGAUCUCCCUGAGGAAGAGAGGGAGCACCUUUUUCACUGUUACGUCAGAGACUUCAUCCUCCUGACAAUGGGUGUUUCUUCUCAUAAGGAGCUAAAGUUGCUGCAGACAGCUCUCUUAUCAUGUUUGGAGGAAAUGAAGGCGGCUUCUUCCAAUGCAGAAGAGAAGGUGCUGCCCCUCCCCUGUAUCCAUCUUUGUUACAAUCAGUUUAGGAGUCGUCUGCAAAACCUUUCCAGGAUUCUUGCUGUGUAUCCUGAUGUGUCCAAUGCUCUCACUGAACAUGUUGAGAAAGGAGACAGCUUCUUGCAUCGCCAAAUGGUUCUGGAUGUGCUUGCUGCAAUUGCUUGCACUGAGAUGUUGGAAGAAAAACUGUUGAACUGCAGAUCUCAAACGUGGCUGCAGCAGGUGAAGAAGCUUCAAAUGCCGAUUGAACUUGUGUGUUCAGCAAACUACAUUCAAAGCAAUGGGAGCCAAUGUGACCAGCUGCUCCAGGAACUCAGGAGCCAAUGGAAUAGGAUUUUCUCACUGUCCCUCUUCGUGGAACAUGUGCUCCUUGUAGUAGAAAUGCAGAUUCCAGAGGUGAAGAACCUGGUAAAAAAGUUCACCUCACGCCUUGGAAAAUGUUUUCAAGGGGAUUCAGACAUUAAAACCCAUAACACUUUCAAUGCAGUCAUGGAGAUCCUCUGUCAGUGCAAGGAGGAUGCCAGUUCAGUGUUUUGCAGUUAUGGUUUGAGGCCAUGUCCAAUUUGUUUGGAAGAUCCUAGGGAGCCAGUCCACCUUCCUUGUGAUCAUGUGUAUUGUCAUCAUUGCAUAAAACAACGGCUGGUACCAGGAGAGAUGUGCUGCCCAUUUUGCAAAGUUGAACUACCAGAUGACUAUUCUCCCAAAGUAUCUGAGGAGAUCCGUGUUGCCAUUAAAAAAAUGACCCAGUUCCGCAAGUGUUGCAACAGUUUUUUCAUAGAGUUGGUUUCUACUAUGUGCUUCAAAGACAAUGAGCCCCCAGAAAAAGCUGUGAUCCAGGAGCUUCUGAACCUCCUGUUUGUUCACAGGCCACCUUUGAAAGGUUCAAAUAACUACAGUGUGUACACAAAAACUCUAUCCCCCUUUAAUGACGUGGUGGAUAAAACCCCUGUGAUCCGUUCUGUGGUGCUAAAGUUGCUUCUAAAAUACAGUUUCAAUGAUGUGAAAGUCCAUGGUCAGAAAUACUUAUCAGAAGCAGAAUCAAUAUGCAACCUAGACAAAGAAGACAAGACAGUACUGUACAUGCUGUUUGCCAGCUGCCUUGAGGAUUCUAUGUAUGAGAAAUUGGGAGCCUCCUCAGAGAAAAGCAAGGCAAACUGCCUGAGAGAAGAUGGACGCUUCCUAACAAGCUACAUAAAGCAAAGCAGGAGCAGGCAUGAAACAUCUCAAGAAGUCACCAUUGAGUACUUGCAGGGAGUGGCCCACACCCGCCUGUGUUUGGAUAGGGCUGCACAGCUGCUCUUUGAACUUCAUGAAACUUCAGCUAGUAGUCAAGAAACAGAGGAGCAACGCUACCUGAAAAAAGUGGAGCAGUUCUGCAGUCAGAUUCAAAAUGACUGGUACCGAGUUUACCUUAUCCGCACACUUACUAAACAACAUGGGAUGCAGUUCACACAGAGACUUUCUAAUGAAUCCAAGUUUAACUGGAUAUUUCCAGCAGAAAUAAUUCGACAGGUAGUACAGCUCUAUCUUGACAACAGUAAAUCUAAGUCCAGUCAGAUUGAUCAGUUCCUGGUACAUGGCAAGAACUACAAAGUGGUGCGUGAUGCUUUGGGAAAAGCAGCGAUAGGAUGCCCGGCAGAUUGCAUUGCAGCAACCUUGAAGGAAAGUAAUGGCUCCAAGUCUUCCCAGGCUGUUCAUUUUCUCUUGGCUGUCUUCAGAGAGUUCACAUCUCUGUAUGGAUGCAAGGAGCCAAGUCUUCAUCCAAAGAAGGAGCAACGUGAUGUUAUCAAGGAGUUCAUCCAGAGCUCCAACGUUCUUCCUUCUCCAGAGCUGAAGAGAUUUGCAGAAUCUCUGAUGGAUAACCAUCUCCCCUCACUGACACUGAGCCCCCAAGAUUCCAGCCACAAGAGGGUAGUGAUUGAAAUGGCAAUUCACACUGCUGCUGUCUUGCUGUCUGGCCAGAAUAGAAUCCUUGAACCUCUAAGGAAUCUGGCAUUCUCACCUCAUACCAUGCAGGUUGCUUUUCUGCCAACAAUGCCAGAAGACAUGCUGGCUCAGGCUUGUGGCCGCCCCACGCAACGUGGUACCUGUGUUGAUUGUGGUGCUGUAAUAGGAGGCGAAAACCACAGAGCAGUGCCAGGCUUUCGUGAAGCACAAAAUAUUCAGGACAGGUCACAAACUGGCCACGUGCUUGGACAUCCUGGAAAAAGAGAGGCUGUGGUUGCAUCUGAGAGGGAGAUGUCUCCAGCUGUCCUAAUUCUGAUUCGCUUGCUCACUCAUUUGUCGCUGCUUUUGGGAGCCACAAAAGAUCGCCAGUCCCUACUACAGAUCAUAAAGCCACCAGUUCAGGAUCCAGUGAGCUUUCUCAUGCAGCAUAUUCAUAAGGACUUGGAGCAACUGAUGAAAACUCUUGGGAAGAGUGCUGAUGAAACCACCAAUGUUAUCCAUCUCAUUCUUUGUAGCCUUCUCAAGGAACCUCACCAACAGACAGGCCAAUGGAGAUUUGACAGUCUACUCUCUACGAAGCAGUACAGAAAUGAUUGGGAAGGAAGUGUUGCUCAAAAUGUUGUUCUUCCAGAACUAAAGUUUCUGGAUAAAACACUUCUGGAGGUGAAUCAACAGAUCAGUGAAGAUAAGUCAAUGGCUUCAAACUUAAUAGCAAAAAUUAUAUACGGAGACCCUGCAGACUUCCUGUCUGAACUACCCAGCAACAGCACUGUACACUGUUCCAAGAUGUGGAGCUGCAGGAAAAGGAUUUCAGUUGAGCACCUGAAGCAUGUUGUCCAGCAGAAAGAUGGCAAGGAAACGGUGCCUAUCUUGUGGAAAUUUUUGCAGAAGGAAGCUGAAUUGAAGCUAGUGAAGUUUUUGCCAGAAAUUCUGGCCCUGCAGAAAGACUUGGUGAAGAGGUUCCAGAACAUUUCAGAGCUGGAAUACCAAACAAUUAGAGAUUUCCUCAACAAGGUUUCACCAGAAUUCAAGAAUCUUAUGAAAGACAGAGUGAAUACAUUUCUGGAUGUAUGGAACAAGCUGAGAUCAUCCUUGGAAACCCACGGUGAAAUUAAACUUCCCGAAGGCUAUUGUGAUGCUGACUUAACCCUGGAGAGUGAGUUCGAGAUCCUUUUGCCUCGCCGACGUGGUCUAGGCCUUUGUUCCACUGCCUUGGCCAGUUAUCUCAUUGGCCUACACAAUGACUUUGUCUACACCGUAGAAAAAAAUACAACAGAUGCCAAAAGAUACUCCGUCAGCCCUGCUGAGGUGACAGAUCUACAUGUGAUUGCUUACAAUGUGGAGAGGGACUUGAUCCCAUUGAUCCUGUCCAACUGCCAAUAUAGCAUGAAGAAAGGAGGGGAGGCCCUCCAGGAAUUCGAUCUGGAAAAAAUUGAGCAGCAACUUGCUAGUAGAUUCCUACAGGGGAAGCCCUUAAUCACAUUGAAAGGCAUACCAACCCUGGUGUACAGACAUGAGCAAAAUUAUGAGCAUCUCUUCAAUUAUAUCAACAAUAAGCUGAGCCAGAUUUCUCUUCCAAAUUCCACAAUUGGCAUGAUCAGAGGGAAGUUGCUUUCCUACAGUGACAUCUGUGAAGCGCUGUCUGUCACUGAAAUAACCUUGGGAUUCCUGGCUAAGGCUGGAGGAGACUCAAAGAUGACUUUGACUGAAUAUGUUGAAGAUACCCUGCAAAUGGGCAGUCAGACAAAUGACCACGUGCUGAAGGCACUGAGCCAGUGUCACCUCGAGCACACCAUUGCACUGUGGCAGCUCCUUUCGUGCUAUAAAUCCGAACAGCUGCUGCAUCUGAAAAGGGAUCCCUUCGCAGAGGUUGGUGCAGCCUAUAAAGAAGAGCUCUCUGCAGAGAACACAGAACUCCUCAAUGCCUUCCUUAUGCAGGCUGGGCUGGCGUCCUUCCUCCAAGAGUUGCACGAAAUGAUCAUCCUGAAGCUGAAACAUGCCAAAGCUCAGGAAGAAUUCAAUCCCAAGUGGAGCCUUAAGGACACACUUGUUUCAUACCUCGACAGGAAACGGAGCAGCAACAUAUUAGAAGAACUAGAGGAUACAUUCCCAAAAGAGAUCCUGCUCUCCCAGUGUAUCGCUGUCUGGAAAGUGGCUGCCACUCUUAAACGAGAACGAAGACUUGGUUAAUGCAGCAGAACCAAUGGCAGACAGUGCAUCCUCUCUUCUUGCCCAACCAACUUAAAAAAAAAAAAAACCACUGAAGAGCAAAGUACUGGAUUUUUAGGUGCUGCUUUCCUUGCACUGAGCAAAAAACAAAAACAAAAAACAUAACUAAAUGAGAUCCUAACUGAAAGUGUAAUUGCACAAUAUUAGGAAUAAUUACUGCCUCAGAAGCUGAAGGAUACACCCACCCUCCAUACAACUAACUAUACAUUUUCCCCAUAUAAAAUGCAAGUUAGUGAUUCAAUCGCAUUCAAAGAAAGGGGUAGAAAAAGCAAAGGGACUCAAUAGCCAGAGCUAGAUGUGUAGUGUCACAGGCCGCUGGGUCAGAGGCAGUGAACUAAUUCUCCUUCUCUCAGGUCUUUUACUCUAUGCAAUGGUGUUCACACUUUGCCAAGAAAUGAAUUAGCAACGGCUU